CUACAAAACACCAAAACACACAGACAAAAACCAACCGAAAACCCAACGUGUAUAUAAAAAGAAAAAAAAAACUUUACAUUUUUGGUCGUAGCCGUCUCCGUCACUAUUUACACUUGGUUAUUGUCAUUUUUUGAUACAACUGUUCAGUCGGAUUUUCAAACUCGUGCACGUUGUUAGCCGUUUUCACUUUUAACGGUCAGCCGCUUAACAGAAAAUAAGAGAGAAACAAAUCCUUACAAACACGACUACAUUUGUUCAGAAAAAAAUUCACAACAUUUACGAGCAUUUUUUUAAUUUAAAAAAAAUUAAAAAAAAAAAUUUAAUAUAAUUUUCCGGAAAUUUUUAUCGCCUAACAAAAUCAAUCCGUGGUUUAAAUAUUUUUGGUUGUUGUGUUACACAUAUAAAUAACGAUAUUUUAAUAUUUGAUGUGAUGAUUGCCACAAACGAAAAGAAUAGAUAGAAAGAAAGAGAUAAACGACCGAACUUUUUAAUAUUCAGACAAAAAUUGUGCCGAAUGUUUUUGUAGUGAAUGUGCCAAUUAUAAAUUGUAUUAGCCCGUCCAUUUCAAGUGCAGUGUGUAGAGUGCGUGCAAUUUUUUUAUUUUGUCUAAAUACUUUUUUUAUUUCAUGUAUUUGUAAAGAAAAAAAGUGAUCGACCGGAAAAAAACGAAAAAAUUGUGCAUUUUUUUUUAAUAUACACGCAUUAUAUAUAUUUGUUGCAAGCUUCCCAAUUCUUUUGCAUCGCGCUUUUUCAAACCAAAAUAUUUUUUUCUGUUUUACCAAAAUUGGUAGCAAACGAAAGCAAAAACAAGAGAAAAAAAAUUUAAUGCUAUAUUUUGCUUGUUUGCUGCUUAAAAUCGAACAAUUUUCGUGUAUAAAUAUUCAACGUUGGAGGACUAAGAAAAUUACAAACCAAACGACGCCCGAUAUACCGUGUGCAGAAAACAAUUCAACCAAAAUUAUUCAAAGCAAUUUGUGUGCACAAAUAAUCACAAAAUCACAAAGACACGAAUCUUGCUGAUCCGUAGAUUUAACAUGAGCACAACAUAUGCACAACAUCAAACCCAAAAGAUCUAUAACACAUUUUGAAUAAAUAAAAUAGAAGAGAAAAAUACGACGAAAAAGACAGGAAGGUUUUUGAAUUGAAGAAAACGUGCAGAACAUCCAAGCACUUUGCACUGCAAAAGUCAAUAACAUCGAAAUUAUAUUUAAAAGAAAGAAUUGAUUGGCAUUUAAGGCGUAAAUAGUUAUUUGCACGUCUUGGUGUGUGGCUUCGAAAACCGCUGUAACAAGAUCAUCAACAUACCGACCGCAAAAUUAAAUAACACCCGUAUCCAAGACAAACCAAAUGAAUCAUCGUACCCACUCAGGAAAUUCACCUACGGUCAUUACAAAUCCAAAUGCUUUUGACAGUAGUAAUUCCAUUGGAGCAGCAGCAGCCACAACAAAGGCAACAUCGACUAAAAAUAAUCGACAGCAUCGAUUGAAUGCACCAAAAAGUGCCAUUUCAUCAUCGGAUCAUUCAAGCGGCAACAAUAAAAAUCAAACGGCCAUUGAUUUCGAUGCACUUGAAUCAAUACCAUUUGAUGAAGUGACAAUAACAACGCCAACCACAACCAAUACCGCAAUACCAGCAAAAUUUGAUGAUACACAUAGUGAUAUUGUUGUUACCAAUCACGAUUCGAACGCUCACAUAUCGGCUGUUUUUAAAAAAUUAACUACAUACUUUUCCCAUUCAUCACAUAAAACGCUUACUAAUUUAAAAUCAAAUAAUCAUAAAAACAGUAGCAAACAUAAAUGUAAUUUAACAAAUAAACUAUCACUGUCACAACAAUUGGAUGAUCAUAAUAAUCAUCAUAAGUUUAUCAAUAGCAAACAAAAUAGCAUUGAGAAUUGUGCCGUGAUCGAAAAUUGUAAUGCGAUUUCGUUGCCACCAUCAAUUGUAUCAUCAACAUCAAAUCGAAGUGAAUGUAGAAACAGCAGCAAGGAAAGCUGCAACAGUGAUGAUACAUCCCCACCAAGUGAUAAUAAGCAGAUACCAUUUGUGACAAUAAAUGCAAAGAAAUCGACAAAUAAUCACCAUUCUAGUGAUAAAAUUAGCGUGAACAAUAAGAUAAACUUAAGUGCAAAUGCCACCAUGUGUCGGGCCGAUGAUAGCUAUGCACUUGAUGGUCGAAAUGCAACCAUAAACACAUCAACGAUGCCAUCGUCAACAGCACAAACGAACACCACCAUUAAGCGAACAAAAGACAUAAAAUCCACACUCGAUGGACUACAAACCGGUGAAACAUUCUCAUUACCGCGGGUCAGUUUAAGACAAAGUUCUGCCUCACCGACAGCCAGUAGUGGAAAUCAUCGAAAAAAUGUUAUAAACAGUAAACUAAAUGGUUCAAAUGCCAGUUUGGAUCGCCGCCGUUCGUAUGGUGAACAAGAGCAAGUGCCGUCAUCACAUUAUUCGACCGAAAAAAGUGGCUCGUCUGGUUAUUAUAGUUCAAAUGUAUAUUCAACAAGUUCGGUAGAGGAUCACAUCUACAGUGAACCCGUUAUUGAUGGCAUCAACGAUAGCAAUCGACGUCGUAAAUUUGAUCAAAAACUUGAUCAACAAAUCGGUUUGGCAAACUUGGAGAAAAGCAUUAAAACAUUGGAAAAACAUUUGAAAUGUUUGAAUAAGCCAAAUAAAAAAGAUAAAUUCAAACAUCAUCAUCAUCACCACCAGCAACAGCAACAGCAGCAACAGCAGCGAAGCAAAGCAUCCGAGCAAUGUCAAGAACUGACAACAAAAUCAAAUGGUGACGAGCAAACGAAACGUUUGCCAACCAUUGUUGAGGGCAUGGAUAAUAAUGCACUAGCAUUGGUGCCGUAUCGACGAAAUGGCGAUAUUGAAGCACAACGACAACACAAUAAUUGGAAUGCAAAUACAACUGAUGAUUCGCUCAUGGAUUUGGAUUUGGAUACAUUUCUAUUGAUCGAUGAAACGGCACGUGAUACAAUGAAAAAAUCGAAUUUUAAUGCAAUUUGCGGUGUCGAUAGUAAUGAAAAAAAACCAACAUUUCAACAAUCGAACACCGAACAUGAAAUUAACACCGAUCACAAUGACAGCGGCCAAGAUGACGAUGAUGAUGGUCACGAACACACCGAUAACGACGACAAUGGUGACAACAACAAUCACAAAUCGGUCACCCGAAAUAGUGACGAAAACAAUUAUAAAUGUACGAAAUAUAUCAAUUCGUGCCCGGACGAUGCAUAUAAUGUUGACGAAAUUAUUGAUUACAAAUACGAACAAUCAGCAUCCGUUCAUUUUCCAUUUCUAAACAAUAAAAAAUUGCUGCCAUUUUACAUGAGAAACAUUGAAGAUCAAUUGAAUCAUCAAAACACCAAAGAGAUUUUAGAGGAAAUUCGCGAUAAAUUGACCGUACUCUUGAAACCAACCAGCGAUGAAUCGGAACACGACAGUUCAACCGAAUCGGAUGGCAUUGGCUCAUCAAAAAUCAGUAAUAAUUCGAAAACCAUUUCACUUUUACGCAACAUUACCGAAUUGAAGCAUGACGUUGACAAUUAUUUGGUUAUGAUGAAUCAACAAAACGAAUUUGAAAUCAGAGCAUUUUGCUCGGGACUGUCAAAAAAUUAUAAACUAUUGACAAUGCAACAUGCAUUGAAUAAUCGAACACGACGACCAAAACUAUCAACAUCUGAUAUUGGCUCGGAAGUGUAUAGCAACAGUAGCAGCAGUCAACAACAUCAGAAUCAUCAAGCAUUAGUUCGACGACGGCGAAGAUUGAAAAACCAGAUGAAACGCAAUCAAAAAAUUCUUUCAGAGGGUAACAAAAAUCAAAUGCGCACGUUGAAAAAUCAAUCAAAAAUCCUACUAAAUCAUUUGGAAAAUGAGUCGAUUCGAUGUAGUAGUAGCAGCGAUAGUAAUUUUCAAUUACAACGACGUCAUUCGGAUUCGAUUUGUUCUAGUUGGGAUGAAGGUCAACAAAUUUUAACAACGAGCAGCAGUGGACGCGGCAGUAGCAAUAGUGCACAUAGUGAUAAUAGCAUCGGAAACGAUGUUAUCAUUCCAAUCGAAGUUGAAACACUGUUGAGUACAUCGAAUUGCGAUACAACGGCACGCAUUAUAACACCAUUAUCGUCGUCGAAUGAGACGUCCGAUUUGAAUACAUCAAUCGAAUCGGAUACGGUGGCUACAAUAACAUCACAACCACCAGUACCGUCAACAAUAAACGGUCAUAUUGAAAGUAAUCUGGCAAUGCAACAGCCAUCAUUAAUUACCGUUGACAAUGCAAAAGAUGCGUCCAACGAUGACAAAGAUAUAAUGUUGGAAUGGCAUCGGAAUAAGCCCAGCAUUUGGCAGCAAUAUUACGGAAGCAAACGUUUAAAAUAUAGUAAUAUGGUGAAAAAGAUCAAGGGAAAACUUGAUGUAAAUACAACGGCGGCUGUGAUGUCCUAUCCAUCUACUCGUCCCGAAACGGAUUUCACAUUGGACGUUCCACGUGCAGAGCAAUUGCGAAUCAAAAUGCAGCAAGAAAAGAAGUUUCGGUGUCGUUGCCGUUUUAUGUUGGCGUUCUUUAGUUUGGCGUUCUUUUUAUUGACCGUCGUGAUAUUUAGUUUGAUGUUAAGCCGAGGGAAGCGUAUGUUUGGCAGCAUGACAAUGCCUUGACACAUCGAUUAUCAAAUCUAUUCUAAUUUUGUGUUUUUUUUCUUCUAUAAUUUGUUUUGAGUAAUAAUUUGAGAAGCAAUCCAUUUUAUGUAAACCAUCGUUUUAUCAAACCAUAGACAUUAAGUUCUAAUCUCGCCCAACUACUGAACAAAAAAUCACAAAAAAAAUAUGGAAGAAAUACGAAAACUUCAUUUAAAAUUAAAGCGCCAAGCGCAACCCAGAAAAUGUAAUGCGCCAAGCGCAAUAAAAACGACAAAAAAAAA